UAAUCAAAAUUUUUACAGUAAUUUGAAAUAUUUAUCAAUUUUGACUUGUCCUAAGUUGAUUCCUUUUACUUGUUUUUGGACUAUUUUAAUUCGCUUUAAUUGAGUUGGUCUAUUCAACGGGGAGAUAAAUAUGUUCAGGAAGCUAUUGACCAUUGCAAGUCAGCCAAUCAGGCCAAGGGUCUCUUCCCUUUUGCAUCAGACAAGAUUUUUGGCAAAUCAAAAGCCUGCUGAAAGUGCAUCAGUCAUCUAUAAGCCGCCUCAUGAUGUCCAUGAAACAGAUGAAGAAUUUGAUAAUAGAUAUUACCAAUAUUUUUCUAGGCCUGACAUAGAUGGAUGGGAGAUCCGAAAAGCAUUAAACGAACUUAUGGGUAUGGAUCUUAUACCUGAACCCAGGAUUAUUGAAGCAGCAUUCAGAGCCUGUCGACGAGUGAAUGACCAUUCACUAUGUGUACGAUACUUAGAAGCUGUUAAAUGGAAGGCAGACAACCACGAUAAAGACAUCUACCCAUACUUGCUCCAGGAAUUGAAACCAGUUAUGGAAGAACUCGGUAUCAGUAGCCCAGCUGAUCUUGGUUAUGAUAAACCUGAAUUAGCUUUACGCAAUCCAGAUUUUUACUAAAAAAGAUCGCAAUUACUCAUGCUGCGUUUAAUUGCUCACUUGAUUCGAAGAAACAAAAAAAAACAAAUUGUCAAUUUUUAGUAACACUGGAUAGUGUUUCCGAGGUAGUUGCAUGAAAUUGUCAUGGCAAUUGUGUUAAUUAUCCACGAGACAUUACAAUGUAUUAAAAUCGGUCAUGAAUUGUUAAAUAAGAAUUAUAAUUCAGUUAGUAAACAAUAAAAUCAUUAAUCAAUUACUUCCCAUUAAAUGUAAAGCAAUCGAUUCUGAAUCAAUGCUAUGUUAAA